AAUCUCUGAGCGUAAGGCAGGCUGGGAAACAGAGUCCCUCAUUUGUCCUUUUGUUAUAACUGGAGAGAACCUCCCUGACGAAUUGACUGCGGAUCCCAUAAUGCUAGGCGCCUCCUCUAACCACUACCGGCUUCUGCAGUCUGUCAGGACUGAAAAAUAUAUAACUGGCAUCAUUUUCAAACGUUGGUAGUUUGGAUGUUGCUACUGUUGAGAGACGCUGCACUGAGAGGUGGCAGGUGAAGAUGGCAGACUCUGAAAAUACAAUCAUAAACACCAGUGUGAGACAGAAAGACCCAAAUGAAGCUCUGGUUAUCGCUGUAACGACAAGGGCCAUUUUCAACCUGGAAAAAGAACAUGAAAUUUUCUUGGCGAAGGGCAAGGAUGAAUAUGUGAAACAUCAGCAAGACAAUGAAAAUAUAUCCUUGGAGCCAGGGACAGCCUUUGCCUUUGUUCAGGCAGUGCAGUUUGUGAACAAGAAGCUUCUUGAAAGAGACCCAGAGGAGAAGGGGCUCUUUGAUGUUAUUGUUUUGUCCAAUAACAGUCCAGAGAGCGGUAUGCGCAUCAUCAACAGUGCUAAACAGCAUGGUUUGGAAAUCUCCAAGUUCUGCUUCGUCAGUGAAGAAGAUUCUACCCAAUACUUGAAAACCCAUAAUGUCAAGCUUUUUCUCUCUGCUGAUAGGACAGAUGUAUGCAAAGCACUUCAGAGAGGAGUUUCAGCAGCACUCAUCUUCCAGCAGGAGAUACAAGCUCCCAGCACUCAGCUGCGUGUGGUCUUUGACGGUGAUGCAGUACUCUUUUCUGAUGAAACUGAUCGCAUCUUUCGUGAGAAGGGGCUGGAAGAGGCUGUUCGGUAUGAGAAAAUUAUGGAAGCUGUGCCCAUGGGAGAUGGCCCAUUGAAAGCCUUUGCUUUGCAUCUUGGGAAGAUGUGCAUGAGGUUUGGUUCAGAGGACUCCCCCAUCCGCACCUACUUGGUAACUGCCCGCAGUGGCCGUGACAUGGGCAUUCGGGCCAUUAAAACUCUUCGAGAGUGGGGUCUGGCAAUUGAUGAAGCCUUCUUCAUGGAUGGAGCUCCCAAAGGUCCCAUCUUGUCCAAGAUCCAACCCCAUAUCUUCUUUGAUGAUGGUCUUCACAAUAUCCAGGGUGCCCAGGAUGCUGGCAUACCCUCUGCCUUGGUUCCCUGUGACUGCUGAAAGAGGCUUUAAUAGAUGCAGCACUAGAACUGACUGAGAGGCACCUGGGCAAAGGCUGACAGGACAGGGUGGAGUUCUGAAUCCAUAAUGACCACACUUAAGGACCAAGAGGGGAAAACUGGAUAUGAUGUGGAGGUAUUGCUAUGAUAUACUUGGAAUAAGUCAAAUUACACACUUUGUAAGUAGCAGCAAUCAAAACUUCAAAGAAAGAGGAAGGAACAAAAAGGUGCCUCCUAUAACCAAUUAACUCACUUCUCCUCUGCCUUAUCAUUUGUGUGUUUAUGUCCUGUUGUCACCGAAGUGGCUCCUAACAAAGUUUGCAAGCACUGAACAUGUGAUAUUCAUUGCAAGAGCACAGAAAAUGACCCCCCGAGAUGUAAACAUUUAUCUUCAGUAUUUUGGUGCAGAGGUAAUAAAUGAAAUUCACUGUUCUCUGAA